AUGUAUGUUUCUGAUAGUUACAUUAUUGCAAUGUUGCGUAGAGACGAUAAGUAUGAACUUGUCGGAAUCAAUCCUGCUAAAGGAAUUGUUUUCGGACUGCAAGCUUUAAGCAGCUUGCAAAAGAAACCGGAUUUGACGGUUUUCUCAGAAAGUUGCGAGUGGGAUCUUAUAGGAAGUGACGUCAAACUAAUCAAAGAAACAUAUGGUACCGAUGUCUGGGAUCAUGUGUAUUUCAUAUUAGAAUUGCAACGUAAACCGCUAUAUCACGUUAUGAAUGUUAUCAUUCCAGUUUUGUGUAUCUCUAUUUUGAAUAUUGUGUCAUUUCUACUUCCAUCAGAAAGCGGUGAAAGGGUAACAUUUUCCAUUUCAAUAUUUCUCACUCUUGCUGUAUUCCUUACCACUGUUAAUAGUUCAAUGCCUGAAUCGUCUGACGAAGUCCCCUCUUUUAGUGUCUACCUAGGUCUGCAACUUGUUGGAAGUGCUUUUAACAUCAUAUUCACAAUUAUCUCGUUAAAAUUCUUUCACCGCGAAAAAAGCUGUGCUGUGCCGGGACUACUGAAGAUUUUGGUCAAAGCUUGCUGUGUCCAAACUAGAAAUGAUCCGCCCAACGAGAAUGCUAUGACUUUCUUCAACGAUUUGACCAACGAACGAGUGAAAGACUGUAACGAUUGUCAACCUGUGACAUGGAAAAUGGCGGCAAGAGCAACUGACAGAUUGUGUCUUAUAUCUGCAAUUUGCUGGCACGUUAUUCUUACAGCAGGCCUGAUAAUCAGCGUCAAAUAUUAG